AUGAGGAUGAGUCUCCCUGGGUCAUAUGAAGUGGACAUGCCACAAGAAAGGAAAUUAGCCAAUGUAGAAGAUCGACAUGAUGUGCCAAUUGCAGUUUUUGCUACUCGGGAGGAGCUUUUGGAUUGGGCUAAGAGUGUAGGAAAGCAACUAGGCUUUGUGAUCAUUAUUAGAAGGUCUGAUUGUUGGAGCAAGGGUCGUGGGAGUAAAGGCAUGCACUUGAUUAUUUUGGUGUGCGAGAUGAGCGGCAAGUACAAACCGUACAAGUCUGUGUUGGUGCGGAAGGGGACAGGAACCAAGAAAUAUGAUUGUCCGUUCAGGCUCAAGGCGAGAUACACAUCAGAAGAUGGUUUGGGGAGGUUGACUGUAGUACGUGGCGACCACAACCAUCAGCCAGCCGAGACUCUGGUUGGCCAUGCCUAUGGCGGUCGCCUUACAAGUCAAGAAAAGAAUAUGGUUGGUAAAAUGGUUGACAAUAGAGUGAAGCCAGGUAACAUGUUGCUGGCAUUGAAGGAUGCCAACCCUCAGAAUCUGACUACCAUAAGACAAGUGUACAAUGAGCGGAUGACACACAUUAGGGCCAAGAGGGGACAAUUGUCAGAGAUGCAGCCCUUGAUGAGGUUGUUAGAGGAAGACAGCACGUACAAGACCAACAAGUAUAUGAUACCAUUGCUGGAGAUGGUUGGCAUGACAUCAGUUGAAUUCACAUACACCAUCGGUUUUGGCUACAUGUGCAAUGAACGUGAACCUGAAGUUACAUGGGCACUUGAAAAACUAAGGGGGUUGCUACUUAGAGAAGAGGACAUGCCUAAAGUCAUGGGAAAGUGCAAGCUCACUAUCCAGAAGGAGAUGUGGGAUGAUGUCGGGGACGCAUGGAAUAAAGUCAUGUAUGCCGAGUCAGCGGAGGAGUUUAAUGCAGGCAUGGACUUCUUACGUUCACUUGUUGAGGAGCACUAUGACCUUAUGAAUUACAUUAAGGAAACUUGGUUGCUGAUUAAGCACAAGUUUGUGAAGUAUGCGAUUGACCGUUAUAUGCACAUGGGUAACACAACUACUAACAGGGUUGAAGGUGCACACGCAAAACUGAAAGCGUGCAUCAAAGAUAGCAAGAGUGACAUGUGUGCGGCUUGGGCAGCUAUGAACAGGUGCACACUUCUCCAGUAUACAAGGAUUAAUGCUGCUUUUCAAGCAAGUAUCUUCAUCAGAGAGCAUACAUUUAAGGACAAGUUGUACGACAACCUGCGUGGUGUAGUCUCAAGAUAUGCCCUCAUGAUGAUCGCAAAGGAGAAAGCGUGCGUUGGAAAAUGCGGCUGCACUAUCAGGAGGACACACAACCUGCCUUGUUCAUGUCGCCUUGGUAUGAUGACCACUAUUCCAUUGACGGCAGUGGACCAACAUUGGAGGAGGCUUACAUCAACAUCUGCACCUGAUGAAUCCCAACCUGUUUUGGGAUUGAGCAUUGCGACAAAGUUCGAGGUCAUUGCAAAGAUGUUUGAAGAAGCUAAUGUUUCGAGAAGACAAGCUAUCAAAGAGAGGCUUCGGGAGAUUGCAUACCCGGAUCAGACUUCUAUGUGUCCUCCUCCAAACAAGUUGCCUACAAGGGGUCAGGCCAAUGAACCUAAGGGUUCUACCAGACGCAUUCCUUGUGCUUGGGAGAAUGUUGAUGCAUUACAUGGGUCAAAGCAAGCUAGCAACUCAUCAGCUCCACAAGGCAAGGGGCGUAAGACCCGGUCGGAAAAAUGGAAGAGCAUUCCUUCGAAGCAAUCUGCACCUAAGAAGAGAAGCAAGAGGAUAGCAAGCAAGUCAGCUCAGCUCCCGCCACAGCACCCGAAAGGCAAAGUUUACUCGGCCAACUACAUCCAUGAAGUGCCCGAAUUCCUCCGUGAAUAUGUCAUUGACAUUCACAAUGUUGAAGAUGAUGACAAUUGUGGAUAUAGAUGCAUUUCUUCCUUGAUGGGUAAGGGAGAACAAAAUUGGCGUCAAGUCCGAGAAGACAUGAUAAAGGAGCUUACAUUACGGCAAGGUGUUUAUCAUGGUAUGUAUGACACCGACAAACAUUACAAAAAAGUACUACAAGCCUUGCAUCUUGCUCCAAAUAAGUUUGCAACGGAGGAGAAGUGGUUAUGCGUGCCGGAUAUGGGCCACAUUGUUGCUACGAUGUACCAGGUGCUUAUUUUAAGUGACUUUCCUUUGCCAACGGUUAAUCCACAAUGGAUGUAUCAUUGUACUGUUGAAGCUCGUGGUUGGCAGCUACCAUACCUGGAUCGCAUGGCCCUAUUCAACAAACUCUCCCGAGAGGCAAAUGUAGACAUACAUAAGGUCGAUGGAAUCAUAAAUCUUGUUGAAGAUUAG